AUGCCGUCGUCAUGUAAAGACAUACGCGCAGCACUCGCAAUCUGCCUCCAGAACUCCGACUGCAUAAUGGUCCAGCGCAACACUCCUUCCGACUGUCUGCGCCCUCCGCUCUGCAAAGAACUACCGACGCGCUGCCAACAGCUUCAGAAGGGCUAUGCCGAGUGCAAGAGGGGCAUGGUCGAUAUGCGCAAGCGCUUUCGAGGGAACAGGCCUGUGGCUGUCAGUGUGGAGUUGGAGGCCGGAGCCGAUGAGCCGAGCCAUCAGCUUUACGCGGGGAGGCCGGCUGUCAGUGGGGUGGUGGGUGUGGCCAAGGAAGAGGGUGCUGGAGAGGCGAAGGAGGAGCGGUGA